AAGAUAUUAAGAACAGAGCGAAGAGCAAGAGCGUCCCUUCAAAAUUAGUGUGUAAACUUCGGGGCAAUACGGACCAUUUAGAGAGGUAUCCAGACAAUUUAGAGAAUUCUAGGAAGAAACUCUAGGAUAUUUGUUAAAGUACAUCAGCAUGUCGAACUUACACGAGGAGGAGCUUUGUGAUGAACUAGAAAAGUUAAUGACACUCGGAAAAAGUGAAGAUGGCGUUUACAGUAUUGAUGAUUUAGAUCCCAAUACAGUAAUUGAUGAUCGUGGAACAACUUUACUUCAUUUAGCUAUAAAAUAUAACAAAAUAUCAAUGACUCGCUACCUCAUACUAUCGAAAUGCAACGUGAAUGCUCAAGAUGAUAAUGGAGAUACGCCGUUAAUACUUGCUUUGUAUAAUUAUCGACUUGAUCAUGCAGAUUUACUGAUCAAAGCAAAUGCUAAUAUUUAUCUCACAAAUAAUUCUGGGGAGAGUGCGGUGGAAAUCGUGUUUGGUAAGAAAAGUUUCAAUUUUAAUCAGCUUAGCGACAUCAUUAUCGAAAAAAUACGUUUUGAGCAUAUUGCCGACGAAAAGUUGGCAAUACUUCUACAAAAGUGUAACUGCCCCAUUUAUCAAGCGGUCAAAUUUAAAAGACCCACCAUGGUAGAAAAGAUGCUUGAGAAAGGUUGUGAUGUGAACGCGUUUGAUGCCGUAAAUGGUACAACAGCCUUACAUAUAGCAGUAGGAUUACAUGAUGUGAAGACAAUACAAAUUUUAUUAUACUAUGGAGCCGACAUUAAUGCUUUCGACCGGAACGGUGCUAUUCCUUUCGAUUUAAGCGUUAAUGACUCAUCUAAUGUUGGUUUAGCAAUGAUGCAACUUUUAAUGCCAGAAAAAAUGAAGUGGACAGAUCAAUGUGCAAAAAAUCGUGGCAGACUCAAAUUGUACUGGAUUUUUGUCAACGGUUGCAGGUUGGCAUUGCAAUUACUUUUAUACAAGUAUGAUAUUGAUCUCAACGCCAAGGAUGCCGAUGACAAUACUGCGUUGCAUUAUCUCGUACAAAAUAAGAAUUGGGAUAGUUUUGAACUUUUCCGAUACAGACAAUUACAGGUAAAUGCAACUAAUAAUUUAGGAGAGACAGUCUUACACACUGCUAUUAUAAAAGGUGCUCCGAUCUACACUAUACAGAUUUUAUUAGAGAAGGGUGCGAAUACGAACAUCGAAGCUAGAAAUUAUAACGAUUUGACACCACUUUUUUGUAUUUGCAAUCAUCAGAGAGAAAAGCUAGAAGAGAACCGCGAGAUCGUCGACUUGCUCUUGAAAUUUGAAGCCGACGUGAACAAAAGUGUCAAGAUUUGGAGGACUUUAUUGCACUAUUUAGUACAUCGAAAAAUGAUGACGGCUCUGGAACUUUUAAAUAGUGCCAACUUUAAUUUAAAUACUUUUGACGAUAAAUAUCGGACGGCUUUACAUAUUGCCGUAGUGGACGGUAAUUCUAAGAUCGUUAAAUGGCUGCUACGUAAAGGCGCUAAUGUUAAUCAGGCUUAUGCUGGAGAUGAUAUGCCUUUAUUCACCAUUUUUUCAAAGAAAUCAAGGGAAUUAAAAAUGCUGAAAUGUAUUUCAAUACUUUUAAUUUAUGGAGCGCGAUUGACAGUCAAGCAAAAAUAUAUCUACGGGGACGUAGAUAGAAGAUUAACCGCGAUAAGUGUCAUCGACGUUGCUGAGAAAAAUGGUGCGCUUUCCUUGCUGUCACCUGUUUUAGCUCAUGUAGCUAUACUUAAAGAACUCGGGCGACCAAUAGAUGAACGAGUUCUCUUUAAAAUUAAUGAAAUUACUCAACUGAGAAAUCAGUUAGAUGAAUUUCAACAGUGGCUCAAUAAAGCUAAAGCUAUCGUGAUUCGUAAAAAUAUAUCCUUGUUUACCAUUUUGACUGAUAGUCCAAAAGCUAUCGCUAAUUAUUCUUCGCCAAGCGCAAUAUUUAAAAAGACAUGGGAUACUUAUAGUAAGGACAUGAAUAUAUAUUUCAAAUGUAUUCUUCAACAUGGCUAUUUUUUUGCGCAACAAAUUGACAACCAAAGAAGAAUAGCAUCUCGUGUCAUAAGCGAAACCAUUGGAUUGUUUGAUCCAAAUCACAUUGUUGCACACAAAAUUGUUAGUUUCUUGAACUAUAAAGAUUUGAAUAUGUUUUAGUGAUACUCUUGUAUCGUUAUGUAAAUGUAAUGUGAAAUUCAUCUAUUGAUUAUGUAUUGUAUUAUUUUGUACUAUCUAAGUGUUUGUGUAAAUUGAGAAAACAUGAUUUACGAUGAUAAUUUCCAACUUAUUUUUUAUCCUGAAUUUGAAGAAUUGAAUAGACACUUGUGAAAUAGAGGGUAUUUUUAUUUUCCAUAACAAUCAGUUCAACAAAUAGUGAUGUCUUGCUGUUGCUGUUGUUGUUGUUGAAAUAUUGGUUGUAUAUCUUUGAUUUUCUCGCAGCAAAACAACACAUAUCUAGUAAUUAAAACAAUCGACGGUAAUUGCGAAUUAUUGAUAGGAUUGCGAUUUGCCUUAUAAUUUCAAAAAUGUUAUAGCAUUGAAUGAAUGUAUACUCGUAAAAAUGUUAUUUUUGUAGUUGAUAAGUGAUUUUCGAUCAAUUGAACGGAGCUAAAUUUGAAUCUAACUUUGUUUAGAUAGAAAGAAACGAUACUUAUUACUAAAAUAAAUUAAGCUAACAAUUAAAUUGUUAAUUAGGUAUUUUGCAAAUCAGUUGAUGAAAUGUAGCGAUGUUCUCGGUGAAUGUAAGCUCACAGUAUCCAGCACGAAAUCUACUUUAAUGGUCUUCGCUAAUUACCAAGCUCGUGUGCUCGUUCCGUCGUUAGCUUUAACUUUGAUUAACUUCCUCGGGGCGUCGUCGCUUCGAUACGAUUGCGAUUCGCGCAUGGGAGAGAGAAAGAGCGAGAGAAAAAAGAGCGAGGACGAUCGACCAUUUUCGGCGUCCCUUCGAAUUUCCGUGUCACAGAGUCGUGCGCACGCAAGGGAAAUAGAGUGCGAAGCUGUGUAAAGCGCAGUGGGCAGGAUGCCUGCUAUUCGAUUUUAUGGAUGAGCGUCGUAUACAUGCUUGUCGGUCGCACAAUAUUUUUCGAACAAGGUUGUGUCUAGUUUUACGGUACCAUUCAAUAUUCCACUGAGUUCGCGAAAGGUUUUACAAUCUCGCUAUUGUCGUGUUUUAUGACUUCGAGUGAAAUAUACAUGUUCAAUCCAACUUUUGUUCCAGUUUUGAGACAGUGAAGAACUGACUAGAUCGCACGACACUGUGUACUUUUCAUAAUGAUAUCAUUUAGACGUUACAUCUCUCAAUGGCUAGAAACUAAAUCAUGAUAAACUAAAUUAUUUCCUGGUAUCAAUGAUUCUACUGUACUGAGAUUACGCAAUUCUCCAUAAACAGUUAUAAAGUCAAAGUUGUGAUUACUUUCACAAUGACUUCGAUAUUGAAAUACUAGUCCAAAAUAGUUAGUUGAUUUUCUAUGCUACGACAAAUAAAACAAAGAAAUUCACACUUAUCGUAAGGAAGUAGCAUGUUCUCGUCACAUAAUAAUGCUAAACCAACUCCUGACAAAGCAAACAAACAAACACAAACGUACGUACUCACGUGCAACGCAGUGUUUUCAGAAAAUAAAGCCAGACAUUUGCUUUGGUGAAUUCGGAAAGGGUCCCAACAUCUAAUUACAAUCCAACAGGGUUCACGUGUCAAAGCAAACUCUCUCUGCUCUCGAAGUUGCCGAUGUUUCUAUGAGCCUGAAAGCACUCGCAGACACAAUGAGAUUAUCUGGAACGCGCGCGCGCGCGAGUUGCGAAAUAAAAAUACGAGAAAAAGAAAGUUUGGGAGCGAAGCUGGUAUGUGGCCAAAGGAAAGAAAGUGCUUUUUACUGCUCCUCUUCGCAAGACAUACACGCACGCGCGAGCCUCCACGUGAAAAUUCCAUCUGGCGAGAUAGAGAGAUAGAUAGCAUUUCUCUUCUAUACGUCGUGAUGCGAGCGCACCAAGAACUUUUACUUCUUUUUUCGCUUUUUUUUUGUCUAUCGUUCGUGUGUUUUCUGGACGUUACAUGCUUUUUUUUAAUGUUCCGGGGUUCUCGGUAAGAUGUUCUUUUUUGUGUUGCGAUCUCGAUGGAAUACUUUUCAAUUGAUAUUUUUAUAAUUACUUUGCGGUUGUGUACGUUUAAAAAAGUUCACGAAUAAAAGUGGUUUUCUAUGCAAA